GUGGCAGUCUGAGGAAAGGCGGCGGGCGCGCUUUACGGUAGGCGGCGAGCUGAGGGAAGGCGGCGGGCUGCGAGGUGCGGUUGCGCUUCGCGGGACCGUCGGGAUGAAGCUGACCACACAGGCUUACUGCAAGAUGGUGCUGCACGGCGCCAAGUACCCGCACUGCGCCGUGAACGGGCUGCUGGUGGCCGAGAGACCGCCGGGGAGCCGGGGCCGAGAGCAGGCCGGGCCACCUUCGCUGUUCGUCGACUGCAUUCCGCUGUUCCACGGCACACUGGCGCUGGCGCCGAUGCUGGAGGUGGCCCUCACGUUGAUUGACUCUUGGUGCAAAGAGAAUAGCUACGUGAUAGCUGGAUAUUACCAGGCAAAUGAACGCGUGAAAGAUGCCAGUCCAACCCAGGUUGCUGAGAAGGUGGCUUCCCGAAUUGCAGAGGGCUUUAACGAUACAGCACUCAUAAUGGUUGAUAACACCAAGUUCACAAUGGAGUGCUUGGAACCUGCCAUUCACGUGUAUGAGCUUCACGAGAACAAGUGGAGGUGCAAAGACCCACACGUUGAUUUUUGUGAAGAUUGGAGCGAAGCUCAGAGAAUUGCUGCAUCUCUCUUGGACAGCAAGUCCUAUGAAACACUUGUGGAUUUUGAUAACCACCUGGAUGAUAUCCGGAACGACUGGACAAACCCAGAGAUCAACAAAGCUGUCCUCCACCUGUGUUAGAGGGGUUCCUACUGACUCACUUACGGGCAUUCCCACUACGUACUGAAGAGACAAAGAUGAUAUUUUUGAAUGUAAAUAGAAUAAUAUUCAGUACCUGGUGUGGAAAGCUGGAGGAUUAAGAGUGACACAUCACAUUGCCAAGGGUGAUGUGCCUAUAAGCUAUUGAAUCCUUGUCAUGAGAUUCAUUGGAAGAGCUGCACACCGUCAGUUCCAGCUGUCCCUGUGGAUGCCUUCCCGGUUGCAGUGAAUGUUGCUAUUCCUUCAAAACCAGAACUACUCCUGCUUAUUCCCCUUGUUCAUAUCACAAAGUUUUGACUAAGCUUUUGUACUCUAGAGAGAAUAAUUUUUAAAGAUUUAUGAAAAUAGGUUUCAAAAAAAAAAAAAAGCAAACCAGUUUUGUCCUCAGAUGAGGUAUUUUGAGGUCAAAUAUAUAAACAAAAUCAAAAGUUAACUGCUUCAGGGGUUUUUUGGCCUGGUUGGAAAUGGUCUUUUUUCACUGUAGCAAAAUGCAUACUUCUGAGGAUGAUGUGCCAUGCUCAGGUGUCACCUGAUUUGCAGUGGUUUUGCAUGACACAGCUACAGAAAAUGCAUUAAAGCUGUAUUCCCAAAUGCUACAGUCAUUUCUGCUGACCCUGGACAUACAACCAUAGUUACUGCCUGGAAAAGUUAAAACACAAAGUAAAAUCGGAUGCUCACCUCGUGUGAUUUUUUUUUUGUUUGUUUUGAUUUGAAGCCUGAAAUGACGAUAUUGAAUGAAAGUUCUAAAUUUUAAGACUACAAAAGGAGAGAGUAAAAUACAGUAUUACUU